AUGGUUGAAUCUGAUAUUGUGUUUCCAUCAUCCUCUUCUCUUUCUUCUUUUGACCACUCCACUGAUACUGAUAGUGUUGCUGGUUCACCCUCUCUGCAGAAACCAUCAUCUUCAACAACUCGUCACCACCAUCUAUCAAGAAAGAAAAAACUUGGUAGACCCGUAGGUUCUAAGAACAAGCCAAAACCACUACUUGUGAUUGACAAAGCCAAUAAGAAUGUUGUAAAACCUGUUUUCAUUGAAGUUCCUGAAACCUAUGAUGUGAUUAGGACAAUUGUUAAAUUCGCUCGUCAUCACCAAGUUAGCAUCAUAGUGCUGAACGCAUCAGGAACUGUUUCCAAUGUCACUAUUCGUAACUCUCACUAUUAUGCUUCUCCUUUCACUCUUUAUGGACCUUUCAAAUUAAUUUCCCUCACUGGUACCUACAUACAUAAUACUUCUUUAUCAUCAACCCUUAACAACGACCCUCAUUGUUCUUUUGCCAUUUCUGUUUCUGGAAUCAAAGAACAAUGCUUUAUUGGAAGAGUUGGAGGAAAAGUUGUUGCAGAAAAUGGAGUUAUGGUGGCAGCUGUUAUUGUGAACAACUUUUAA